AUGACCGAAGACGAAAUCCUCGAGCACGUAGAGCAGGCGAUGGACUCUGAGAUGCAGGACGUCGAGGUGAAGGCCAAGAAGUCGAGCAAGGGCCGCGCCAAGAAGUCCGAGAGCAAGGGGGUGACCAAGCGCGCCGCGACCGCCAAGCCGUCAAAGCCGCGCCGCCCCUUCUCCAGGCUCACCGACGAGGUGCUGCAGCAGAGGCAGGACGCCCUGCAGGAGCGCCUCAACGUCUCCAAGGCGCAGAUCACCAUCAUGAGCAGCAAGUGGCAGAAGUACGAGGACGAGCGGAAGCAUCGUGUAGAGGAUAAGCAGGAAGAUUCGGAGUAG